UCUUGUAAACAUACAACACGCAUGUUUUUGACGUUUUGUUAUGAUUAAGUUGUAAAAAAUAUUUAAUUAACGUACUUAGUAAUCAAUUGCAAGAAAAUGUUUUAUUUAAUAGGAUUAGGUUUAGGAGACGCUAAAGAUAUAACUGUAAGAGGCUUAGAAAUAAUUAAAAAGUGUGAUAAAGUUUUACUUGAAGGUUAUACUUCGAUACUUACUGUUGGCAAGGAAGCUUUGGAAGAAUAUUAUGGAAGACCCUUAAUACUAGCAGAUCGAGAACUGUGUGAGAGCAAUAUAGAUGAGACAUUGAAAGAAGCAAAAUUAAAAGACAUAGCACUGUUAGUUGUUGGAGAUCCACUGGGAGCUACAACACACACUGAUAUGCUUCUCCGGGCUAAGCAAUUUGGUGUUGAAUCACAGAUUAUACAUAAUGCAUCUAUAAUGAAUGCUGUGAGCUGCUGUGGUUUGCAACUGUACAGCUUUGGUGAAACAAUAUCUAUACCAUUCUGGACUGAUAGCUGGAAACCAGAUAGUUUCUUUGAGAAAAUAUUAGAGAAUUACUCCAGAAAUUUGCACACCUUAUGUCUACUAGAUAUUAAAGUAAAGGAGCCAACUGAAGAAUCAUUAACAAAAAAAGUUCGACAGUACAUGGACCCGAAAUUUAUGACUGUCAGAGAUGCUGCAAAACAACUUGUGCAAAUAGUUGAUAAUAAACCAGAAACAGGUAUAACAAGGGAAAGUUUGGCUGUUGGUUUGUCACGAGUUGGCGCUCCUGAUCAGCGUAUUGCUGUAAUGAGCUUAGAGAAGAUGUUGCAUUUAGAUCUUGGACCACCAUUGCAUAGUCUUGUUAUACCAGCUUCCAAGUUACAUCCAUUGGAACUUGAUUAUUUGGAACAAUUCAGAUAAAUAUUAUGGAAUAUUCAGCCUUUUGAUAUUGAAAGUUAUGUUUACAUUCUUUUUUUAUUAAAUAUUUAUAAAUUGUUAAAACAUUCAAUCAACAAUAAACAUUCAAUAACA